UUAACAUCAGGUGAACAGAAAGAGAAAGUGAAAGAGAAAGUGAGGGAGAGGGAGGGAGAGAGAGGGAGGAAGACCUCGGAGGCCAACCCCAUAAAAUGAAUUCAGACUCCAGCCCCAGCAGCAGAGCCUCCUCCCCGGACAUGGAUGCCAUGUUCCUCCGAGAGCAUCUCCCCAGCCACCACUUCCACCACCUCCAGCAGCACCCCGUCUCCUCCUCCACGCAGGGCGGCGACGGGCGCCACAAGAUGUCCGAUGGCAAGUCUUCGUCGUCGGUGGGAAGCAGCAGCAGCAACAGCAACAACGCCAACAAGUACAAACUGAAGAAGCAGGUGACCGAGGAGGAGAUGUACCAGCUUCGCCUCAAGAUCAACGGCCGAGAGAGGAAGCGCAUGCACGACCUCAACCUGGCCAUGGACGGCUUGAGAGAGGUGAUGCCAUACGCGCACGGACCCUCCGUGAGGAAGUUGUCCAAGAUCGCCACGCUCCUCCUGGCCCGGAACUACAUCCUCAUGCUCAACAGCUCGCUGGACGAGAUGAAGCGCCUGGUGGGGGAGAUCUACGGCGGCCAACACUCGGCCUUCCACUGCGGCACUGUGACGCACCCAGGGCCGGGCGGACACUCAGCUGCGGCCGCAGCAGCAGCGGCCGCGGCGGCGGCGGCGGCGGCAGCAGCUGCCCACCAGGUGCACCCACUCCUCGGGAGCAGCCUCUCCUCCUCGACGCCUUCCUCCACCUCCUCAUCCUCCACCCUGCCAGCUCUCACGUCCAUCCGGGCCCCACAUGCCAUGAUGAAAAGCUCCCCGGCUGCACCCCCGAGCCUGCAGCUGGGCUCCGGCUUCCAGCACUGGGCCGGCCUGCCUUGUCCGUGCACCAUCUGCCAGGUGCCGCCUCCGCCUCCUCCUCACAUCCCCAUCAGCUCCUCCGGCCUGACGAGACUCACUGGGGAGGCGAAGGAGGGCAUGAAAUGA